CUCCUGCAGGCCCUCAGCUCUGCCUAUGCUUGGUCUUUUGUCACAUCCAGACGGGGACCUGCCAGAAGAGGAGCAGGAGCAGCAGCAGGAGCAGGAGCCCACCUGUGUCCUCAAGCCCACUGAGCCUGAAGACACCACCAUUAUGGCCAUUGAGGGCAUGGCGGGCUCAGGCUCCUGUGACGCGGAGGCUUGUGCUGCCAUGCAGGCUCUGCUGGCGGAAAGUGAUGUCUCCAGUUUGGAGCAUGUGCCGAGCGUUGUGAGGUGCAUCUACCGGUGGCUCACAUCCAACACGGAUGUGUCUGCCACGCAAAGGUUGCCCAACGCCCUUGCGGAGCUGACCCACGCGCACCCCCAUGACGUGGUGGUGACGCUCCUGCGCUGCGCCCCAUCGUGCGACAGAGCUGCUGCGGCCAUGUGGAGGGUGAUGGUCUCCACGAUGAGGACUGCAGACAAGGUGCUACUGGAGCUGCUCCCUGUGCUGGCAGACUGGCCGCUGCACAGCACGUUCACCUCCGACGGGGACAAUAAGGACGUCUUUGCCCUGGCCGCAACCAGGGCACUGUGGGAGAUUCUCCAGCUACCCAGGUGCCCACAGAGGCUGAAGGUGCAUUUCCCACGCCUCUUCCUGGCUCUACUCUCCCAAAUUUUCUUCAGCACCGAGCAGAUGCCAGAGGAGGUUGACACCUUCUGGAGGGGAUGCCAGCGGGAAGGCUGCCUUCCCACCAACCCCAACAGCUUUGCAGUGCUGACCGUGAAAGCACUGCUCUGCCGUCUGGGGUAUGAGAAUGUGGUGUUUGAAGUGGAACGUAAGCAUGGCUGGGACACACUUCUCAACGCUGAGACCCACCACUACGCCAUGGGCCUGCUGGCCAGAGAAAUGCGUGGUAUCUCGAGGUGCUUGCGUUACUGCAUUGCACGAUACCUGGUCGAGCAGCUCAACAGGAAGGAGCCACGCUGGGAGGUCCCUGCCAUGGCGCUCUUUCUCGAGCUCUUGACCGCUUGCCCUGACAUAAGGGGAUGGGGUGUCCACGUCCUGCAGUUCAGCCCAAGGUACCUGCGGAGUGAGUGCAGAGAGAUGCAUUGCCUGGUGCUCAGAUGCUUCAUCCUGCUCAUCGAUAGACCCUUAAUGGCCAAAAGAAUGACCUUCCUGCUGCCACGUCUCAUAGAGUUACUGCGGGAUGCAGAUGGGGAGGUGGUCGGGAAGACCCUCUGUGUGCUCAGGAAGGUGCUCCAGGCCAGAGACCUCCCCCUUGCCAGCCCCAUUGCUCUGCAGCUGGCUGAGAGGCUCCUGCCACUCUUUGACAGCGACGCCAGCUAUGUGCAACUGCUUUCCAUUCGCCUCUUCCGAGACGUGAUGGUGAUUAUAGCUGCAUCGGGAAAAAAGCCACUGAGGGCACACAUUUACCAGAGCCUGAUCCCCCUGCUCUGCUGCCUGCACGAUGAGAACGAGCGCGUGGCAGAGGCCUCUCGGGAAACCUUGCUUCAAGCUACCGAGUUCCUGAAUAAGGGGAAGCUCAGGCAGCUGCUGGAGAUGGAGCAGACAUGGGCGGUCGCCGAGUGCCUGCUGGCAGAGCACAGCAGCAGAGCAGAUGAGUACCUGCGCCAGUCCCUGCUGUACCUGCAGAGCCCACAGGAGUCCGUGCGAGAGGCGGCCGUCAGGUUCAUUGCCCUUCAAGGCAUGACAAAUGAUGUCAGCAUCUCCGUCUCAAACCUGGCAGCUCAAACCCUGUUCCUGCUAAGAGGCACAGAGAGAAAUUCUUCCACCAGCUCCAGGCUGCUGGGGAUGUACGACCACCUCCGCAGCGCAUGGAGGAGAAGGCCUUCUCUCCGGGGCAGUGGCUGGCUGUGCUGCUGGAGCUCUGCGCAGAGCUGAUCGUGGGAGCUCUGUGUGCUGGGGCCGCCUGAGCCUGCGGGGAAGGCUGGGUGGCUCCCGGCCUCUCCCUGCCCACAGGACAGCUCUCAUCAAAGAGCCCCGGGGAACACCACUUGUGACCGGCUGCCCACUGGAUUGAACUCCCUUCAGCACCACUCUUUGGGACCGAGCUUGCUGUCCUGCCCCUCCUCCUAGCCUGCGUGUCUUUCCUUUGUGGAAAAAGAACAAUGGAGGAAAAGUCAGCCCUGAAGGAACCAGGACUCUCAGGAGAGGGUGACCAGCUGUGCCCGCUUUCCAGCAGCCAUCGGCUGGUUCAAUAUUAAAACAUCAAGCGCUACUUAAGGAAUGCUCGAUCAAAACGGAGUUUAGAUUCACGCUAAUUAGACAUAGGCAAUGCCUCUUCUUUCCAACGUGGGGGUUGUUCCCUUACAACAUGGACACCCCCCUCCAGCCCUUCAAUCCAAAAAUGCCCACGGACCCUCACAGGGAAACACAGACAGGAGAGGAAUGCUCCCUCAGCCGGUCACCUCCUUUAAACAGCCACAUCCUGGCCGUUGCUUUGCCGCCUCCCAAACGCCAGCGCUACAGCCAAGAGGCCCCAUGGGCUGCAGCGACCCAUUUGGUGCACGUGGGACCGCUCAGGGAAGGAAGCCCAGGGCAAAACAUGCGGGGCACCCAGGUGCAGCAGCCGAGAGGGAUGUUGGCCCCGGGAUUUCGAGGAAGCUGCCCCUGCCCCAGGAGGCUGCCCCCUCAAAAUGCUGUCAUGUCCAGAGAGAGAGUAUGGUGGAGCAGCAGAGCCGCCCCAUGUUGCACCCAUUUUGGAAGGGCAGUGGGAGCUGAGACGGGUGUCAGGAGCCGGCCAGCGAGGUGCUGGGGGCUGGGGGUGCAACAUUUGGGGUUCAAUUUUAUAGAGGAGAGAAAGGAAAUGCACGGGCACUUUCUUCUAAUCCCAUCUAAAAAGAAACACCAGGCCUUACAAUGCCACGCAGCAGAGCCAUGGACGUGCCUGCUAGCCAUUAAUCUUUACUCCUGCGGGUGGCCUUGGUCCACAGGUUGGGCCCUCUGUUCCCCUCAAAAGCCAUAUUUUUCAUCAUGGAGGUGGUUGUGAUGCGGGGGAUAGGCUGAUCAGAAAUUGGUGACUCCCCUAGCAGAGACGGAUGAUCAUCCACCUCCUCACGUCCCUGUCUUCAUUCUCACAACUACUAGGUGGUGUGCUGGAGAGUUUCAUGCCCACCUGGCCCAUGGGGUAUUUAGCUGGCUGUAAGUAAUGCCUCCGCGCGCUCUCAACGCGCUCCUAGUGCCACCCGCCUCUUCUUCACAAGCAAUGAGGCCGAGGCCUUGCAAGCUCCUGCUGCUGGGGAGCUCAUCGAGCAAAACCAUCUCAGUCAAGCCCAUCAGCUUAAUCUUUGCAUCCACACUCGCUAGCAAGAGAUUGUCUUGAAAGAAGAGAUUGCUGUGGAGGGCCACAAGGGUUCCGUCCUCCUCUUCUGGGCUGUCAGAGCCGAGCAUUGCCUGAACACCAGACAUUACCCACCAGCAUCCAGCGAGACCGCUUCCUGCUGCCAGGCUGAGUCUUUGUCUGACGGCCCUGUGGAGAAGUGCGUGGAGAGCAUGUCCCAGCUGUGACCGAGAAGCAACUCAGUGAAGGCCCAGGAUGGGUAGCGGUGACAAGCUCUGGCUUAUCAAUUGGUCCCCCAGCGUAGUGGCCAGAUGGCUGAAAAUAGGGGCCGAUGGGGGAUCAUUCAGAAGGCCCAUGGCCUCCCUUGGUCUGAGGUGGGAUGCAUCAGCUUUUACAGUCUUGCAGCAAAGACACAGCAGGGUGUUGUUCAGAGCUAGGUAAUCCCCCCCAUUCCCAGCCGUGAAAAAUCCCAGAUGUGCAGGUUCUGCAAGAGUAGAAAGCGGAGGCGCCUCCCUGCACGGGCUUUUCUCAGUCCUGGUCUGCCCUGGGGACACUUCAAUCCGGCUUAAUAUUUGGUACAUUCUUGUGAGCAGCCAUCCCUUACUUUAACACGUCUUUCCUUUGCUAGCGUCUGGUGGGUUAAUCCCGGUAGGCAGGUCAGCCCCGCACAGCCCAUCACUCCCUCCCCGCCAGAGGGCUGGGGCUGAGGAUCAGCAGGUUAGAAGUGAGAACACUCGUUGAGCUGAGGUAAAGACAGUUUAGCAGGUAAAGCAAAAGCUGCACGUGCAAGCGAAGCAAAAGAAGGAAUUCAGUCACAGGAUCAUAGAAGAGCCCAGGUUGGACGGGACCUCAGAAGAUCAUCUGGUCCAACCUUUCACGGGAAAGGGAGCCUAGCACCCAGGCCCCCUUGUCACGUCUCAAAAAGCUCCAGCGAUGGGGACUCCACCACAUCCCUGCGGAGGUGGCUCCAGGGGGUGAUUGUUCUCACUGUAAAAGAUUUCUCUCUUGUGAUGAGCGGAAACCUCUUCCGGCGCCACUUGUACCCUUGUCUUCUCCUUGUGGCUCCUUCUGAGCAGAGCGCCUCCACCCUCUUUGUAGCUGCCCUUCCAGUACCGGGAUAGUGCCAUUGGCUUCCUCCUGAGCCUGCCCUUCUCUAGGGAGAAAAGACCCAACUCUUUCAGUCUUUCUUUGUUGGGCAGGUUCUCCAGCCCUUUCAUCAUCUUUGUGGCCUCCCCAGACUGCCUGCAUCUUUCUUGAACUGUGGGGACUGGAACUGGACGCAGUACUCCAGGCGCUGCCUGAC